AUGUCCAACAAGUUUGUUGGAUAUGUUGAUGAAUUAGAACAAGUUUUAGUUGAUGAUGAGUUAGAAGAAUUUUUAACAUUUACUCCUAAGCUUACUACAGUUAAGAAUCAAUUGAAAACCAAUGAAAUAAAUAAUAGUAAUAGAGAUUUGCGUUGUGAAUUAGUUGAUAUUAAAAAUAAUAUUGCAGUGAUACGUUGCAAUUUAAAUACAGCAGAUGAUGUUGAAAUAUUUUUUGAUCUGUUUAAAGAAAAAAGUGCCACUAAUUGGAUUAUUCAGGGGCAAUUAAAAUAUCCAGAGAAAAUCCUCCAUUAUGUGGAAAAAAUCACUUUAAUGAUUAAGCAUAAUCAUACCAUUAAUACAAGUGGUUCCUUAAAAUAUUUACGUAUUCAUUCAGAAACUGAGCAAACAUUUAUGCAGUAUUUUAAUGACGGAAUGGGACCAAAUGAGGCUUAUAGAUUUCAUGAAAAUCAAAUAAUGAAAAACAAAAGUCCAUUAAAACUUCUAGCCAAUGGAUCUAUAAAUCCAAUAAAAAAUACGGUCUAUCAUGUACAUAACGUUUGGAGAAACUUAAAUUUUGGUAGCAUAGAUGCUCCAUUGGAAAAGUUAAAAGAAAAAAUUGAUUUGUAUGAUUCCCAAGGAAUUUCUGUGAAUAUACUUGAGGAAAAGUCUAAUUGGGUUGUUCUUGUUUCAACAUCAAUAAUGAAAAGAGCUCAAAUGUUAAGUUCUUCAAAAGAAUUAAUAUUUUGUGACAGUAGUAGUAGUUGUGAUACUUUAGAAACGACUAUCACUAUUCUAGCAGUACCUAUAGCACUUUUAUUACACCCGGGACAAUCUGCUGAAAGCUAUAAAACUGCUUUUGGAUUUUUAAAGCUAAUAUACCCAAAGUGUUUUGGAAAUAUUGAUGCACCAUAUGUCUUUAUGACAGAUGACUCAGCUGCUGAGAAACAGGCAUUACAUGAAGUUUGGCCUACUAGCAAGCAAUUAUUAUGUCAUUUUCAUGUAGGUCAGAAAGAAUGGCGUUGGUUAACUGACUCAAAAAAUCAAAUUGUCCAAGACAAAAGACAGUCUUUAAUGGAGUUUUUUAAAAAAGUCAUGUAUGCAGACAAUGAAAAGAAUUUGGAAGAAGCUGUGUUAGAUAUUAAAAAAUUAUCAAAUGAUUUUCCAAAAUUUGUAAAACGUUUUGAAUUUUUUUACAAACGAAGAACACAAUGGGUUCAAUUAUACCGUUUAAAUAUUUUAACAGGUGGGAACAACACUAAUAAUUAUGCUGAAGCAUCAAUAAGGGUUUUAAAAGAAAUUGUUCUAUGUAGAACUAAAGCGUACAAUGUUGUUGCUUUAGUUGAGUCAGUUUCAAAAGUAUGGGAAGAAUACUUCACCUACUUACUAAUAAAAUUGUCAUUUGUUUAUACAUUUAUCUUGUAA